CGGUCGCCGCGUCCCGCCAGGGGCCUGGUCCGCCUCGCCUCGCCGCCGGCCCUCUGCAGCACCGGCUCUCCCGGCCCUGCCGAGGGGACGGGCACGAAGCGUUGGGCAGACCCGGGGCAGGGGCACAGCACGCCGGGAGGGUCUCGGGGAAUGCCGCCCCUUCCCUUGGUACAGCCCGCUGGGCCACGGUGGGAAUGAAAUGGUGGAACUGGGAACUGCCCCGCGGGCUGACGGCCGCCUGGCUGGCCCCGCUGAGCUGCCGAGAGCCCCCUGGCAGGAACGCUGCUCCUGGGCGAGCCCCUGCGUCUGAUAACCCUGAUAAAGCAUUACAAAAAGCCACCUCCGGCACCUGCCCGGUGUACCUGAUCUCAGGGUGUCGGCCUGCGAUGAUUCACGAGUUCUGAAAGCAAUCACUGUCCCUAUUCACAGCUCUUUUGAAGGAUUACGGAUGAAGAAAUGAUUUAAAAACUAGUAAAUCUUUCCCUUCUGUGACAAGGCAAGGUGCCUCCUGCCUGUCAAACAUGCAUCCUUAUGUACACGUUUGAAAGAAAGGCUGGCAGCGUUCAUGACGAGAUGACAGGGCACAAACAUGGCUAAAGUGAGACUUGCCAGUGACAUGAAAAAAAACCAACCACUAAGUUUCACUUUUUUAAGAUUUCCAAGUCCUCUCCUCACCUCUAACUUCCCGUGUCUUCGUGAAUUACCAUUACCGCUCCUCCAGGAGCUCACACUUCUCUUCCCUCCUGCCACAGACCUCUGGCUUUUCAUUCCCCUUCUCCCUGUCCCCAUCUCCUAGGCUGGCAUACCACAGCUCCUAUUUAUUUACUGCAGUCCUUCUCACCUCUCCUUUCAAACAUUUCUCCCCUUUUUAAAACACCUAUAACUCCACUUUCAAUUUAUUGUUUUUUCCACUUUCACUCCAUCUACAAACUUCUUUCAUCCUCUUUUUAACUUCAACAUUUUCUCCUCUGUUUCUGCGGUUCACAGUCUGCUGGUUUUUUCCUCUCCAGGCCAGCUCACGUUUUCUGUUCUGAGCUCCAGCCCAUCCCAUCCCUCGGCUCCUGCGUCCUGCCGAGACCCUGGGCACACUGCAAGCCUUCCACCAGUGUCACCCACCACCCGCGCCGCCUGGCCAAGCAAAGAUCUUGGCAGCAAUUCUUCAACACCCCUUGGUUUCUCAUGUCCGUUAAAGACUCCUUCACUGCCCUUACAAUUUAACAGGUUUAUAUAUAUAGUGCCCUCCCAGGAACUGUGAAAAUUCCAUGAAUCAAGUAAAUUGCUCAUGGAAAGAUGCUACCUGCAAUUAAAGCUAACGGACACACUCCAGCACUGUGGGAGGGGGAGAACAAAUAGAAAGAGUAAAGGUGCCAGGAUGAUGGUUUGGAAAUUACAGAGCUGUAAGCCUUAUGUCACUGCCAGGCGAGACAUAUGAAGUAAUAACUGAAAAAUAUUGAAGAGAACACAAUUCAAAAACUCAUUAAGUCUCCAUACACAACCCAAAGCCUCCAGCUUAUUGGGUACUUAAGACAGCAAGGAGUCAGAAAACAGCUUUAAACUUGGGGGGCGGGAAACACCCUAAACAAAGCCCACCCCAAAGGAGCUCGUAGUAAAGGAUGGUGCAAACGAAAAGAUACAGCUGUGUAGUAGGAACUGGUCAAGCCAAAAGGGGGGGGGGGGCGGGGGGAAUGGCAAGAGAAAUCCAGGCCAAACGCCGUCCUGGUUAAAACUGCUAUCAGCACGGGCAGGGGAGGCAGGCAGCGCGUUAUCAGCGCGUGCAAGCCGCAGAAGCUCCCCGCGCCGGUGAGGAUUGCGGGCAGGCGCCUGCCGAGGUUUGCCCCGGCGAGAGGAGCCGGCGGCACCGCCCGGCAGGAGCGGGGCAGGAGCGGGGCGGGGGCGGGCAGCCCGCGGCGGGGCGGUGGCACGGGGGCCGCCGUGCGGCGGGGCAGAGCCAGGCCCGCAGCCGCCGCCCGUCGCUCGCCGCAGCUGAGGCUCCCGCCGCGCUGCCCCGCGGCUCCGCUCCGCGCCCCAGGGGCCGGCUCGCACCACCGGCCGCCGCGGAGCCGGGCCCGGGGGGGGAGGCGGCCUGGCACAGGAGGCGGCGCCCGCUGCUACGGGGCCGCGGCGGCGGCUUCGGGCCCCGCACCGCUCUGCGCACACGCACCCCCCACACGAGGCGCGUGGCUGGGGGCGGGGGGCACGGGGGUCACGGGGCACCCUCCCCUCCCCUCCCCUCCCCUCCCCGCGGCGCGCGAGGCGCCGGAAGCGCGCGGGCGGGCCGCUCCCCGGCGGUUCCGGCAUGGAGGAGCGGCGGUACCGCUCGGCCUCGGGGGCGCCCAUCGCGCUGCGGCCCCGCCAGCACAGCGCCUCCUGCCGGGAGCUGGCGGUGCGCUGCCCGCGCCUGCAGCUCCGCUCGCUCAGCGCCGUCACCUCCGCCGUCUGGCUGGCGGCCUACGGGCUCUUCGUGCUCAGCGAGAACAGUAUGGUGCUUUCUGCUGCUAUCUUCAUCACGCUGAUUGGCCUGAUCAUAUACCUGCACUUUGUGAAAAUUGACCAGGAAUCCCUCUUGGUCAUCGGCUCACUUGGCAUUCAGGUGACUUCAUCCUAUGCUUCAGGGAAAGAGAGCACAACCUUCAUUGAGAUGAGUCAGGUGAAAGAUGUGGUUAUCAAUGAAGCCAUCCAUAUGCAAAAAGUUAUCUACUACCUGUGCAUCCUCCUCCAGGACCCGGGAGAUCCUCAGGGAGUAUCUGACGUAGUGCCACUCUUUCAGAGCUCCAAGCCACGUCUAGACUGCUUGAUAGAAGUGUACAAAAGUUGUCAAGAAAUCCUGGAGCAGAGGAAGACAGCUCCACAGCCAAGUGGAAUAAAAUAGUAAAAACAAAAUAAUCAAGGUAGCAAACCUGAACUUGCAGCAGGACUCGGAGAGACACAUGGAAAAGCAAGCAAAACUGCCCCAUGGCUUUCUUCCAGAUUAGAUGAGUAGAAGGUGGUGCAGCGGUACAGUGAUGUUAGGGCUAAAGGCCUGCACAGACUCACCAAGUUUUUACAGAAAAUGUCAGCUCAAGCACAGGAGUGAACCUUGAAAUCUCUGCUAUGAAGAAAGGUGAGCAGAACUUUUUAGAUUCAGACAGAAGAGGUUUUUCCUUGCCUCUCCAGAAAAGAGUUACGGGGAAAUAGGACAAAGAGAGGCAAGAAUGUGCAUCAAACAUUUACUCUUUUGUGGAUCUGAAAAUUACGCUAAAAUCAUAAUGCAACCUUGGCUGGACUGCCGAAAAUGUCUUCUUUUUGGUUUGUUUCUAUUUAAUCCUUUGUUUGAAGGAAGUGUAUACCACCCUCAAUACCGAAGCCGAUGUGUGGGCUGGGAUGGUAACUUCCUGAUCCACAGGAGAAUUUCAGAAAUAAAAUAACAGAAAAUUAAAAUACAUUGAUGCAUUCAAUUAUGUUUAAUGAAAUAAACAUAGGAGAGCAGACUUGGACCUCUUCAGCGAUCUGUUUGAAAGAGUCCCGUGGGGUGGGGCCCUAGAGGGAAGAGGGGUCCAAGAAAGCUGAAUGAUAGUCAAGGAUCGCCUCCUCUAAGCUCAAGAACAGUCCAUCCCAACGAGCAUGAGGUCAGACAGAAAUGCCAGGAAGCCUGCAUGGAUGAACAAGUUGCUCCUGGCAAAUCUUGAACACAGAAGGUGGAAGCAGGGUCAGGUAACCUGGGCGGAAUACACUGUCAGAGAUGCGGUUAGGAAAGCUAAAGCCCACCUGGAGCUGAAUCUGUUGAGGCAUUUGUCAAAGGCAACAAGAAGGACUUCUGUAAGUACCUAAGGAGCAAAAGGAAGCCUGGGACAAUGUAGACCCAUUGCUGAGUGGGGAGGGGCAUAGUGACCCAGGACGUGGAAAAGAUGUGGCAUGAAAAGGGCCACCACGUGCUCUGAGAACAUGAGGAAAAUUUGUUGAAAAUUGUGGUAAUUUUGUGAAUAAAGUUUUAUUGCUCUGUGCUCUUGGGAGUAA